UACAAAAUCUAUUGUUUUUCCACAGAAAUUUGGAGCUAAUGUUAGCAGUAUUUCAUGUCCACACGUAAGAAGUGGAAUAUUCGCCAAGGAACCUAAUGGAAUUUGGAAACGUGCUCGGCAACGGAAUACAUAAUACAUAGCUCUGCAUGCAUUUACCACGAAUCAGUUGUAAGCCCAUAUUUUCUCAUCAUUCUUCUCAUUUCAACCGCAUUGCUUGCGCGCUUAGGGGUAUUUUCAGCAACCAGGAAGAAUGCAAAGUUUUUGUGACACCUUUUGCAAGCCCACAAUUUUGACAAGAAAAUAUGGAGCAUUUUGUAGUAAUAAGUCUAAAAUCUGGAUUAGGGGCCAAUUCCAGCAUCACAAGGGCUCUCUGCAAUUGGCCAGGACUUACAAUUUCACUACGAAUAUUGUCUAUAUAGAGAAAAAAUGUGAAGAGGAUUAUAAAAGGAUGGUUCCCUUCCCAUCUAGUACAGAUUUACAAGCGGUAUUAUUUGAUGUUGAUGGAACGCUAUGCGAUUCGGACCCUUUGCAUUACUUAACUUUUCGUGAUAUGCUUCAAGAGGUUGGUUUUCAAGAUGGCGUUCCUAUAACUGAGGAAUUCUUUAGUAACAACAUCAGUGGCAAGCAUAAUGAUGAUAUUGGAGCUACGCUUUUUCCUGAUUGGGAUGGAAACAAAUGUAAGAAAUUUUUUGAUGAUAAAGAAGCUUUGUUUCGAAGUAAGGCACCUCAGCAUCUGAAACCUAUAAAUGGCUUACAUAAACUCUGCAAAUGGAUUGAAAGCCGUGGCCUAAGGCGUGCUGCCGUCACCAAUGCUCCAAGAGAAAAUGCUGAACUCAUGAUCUCUCUUGUAGGUCUAACCGACUUCUUUGAGCUUGUGGUUAUUGGGAGUGAAUGUGAACAGGCGAAGCCAUUCCCAGAUCCAUAUUUGAAGGCCCUAGAACAUUUCAAAAUUCCAGCCCAUAGAGCAUUUGCUGUUGAGGAUUCUACUUCAGGUUUGAAGGCAGCUGUUGGAGCAGGAUUGGCAGUUUUGGGGAUAACCACUAGGAACCCUGGACAGGCACUACUUGAAGCGGGAGCCACAUUCUUAAUCAAAGAUUUUGAGGACCCUGACCUUUGGAAUGCACUCGAGUCAUAGAAAUAUAGACAUGGAUUUCAGAAAUAAUUGCGAGGAAUUUGCAUGAAAUUGAUUAAUAGUGAAUUCACAAUUUGCCUUUAUUACUAUUUAUGAUGGAUGCAUUUGUCAACGAGAGUCUAAUUAUAAGUAGUACUUAACAUAAGGAACAAUAAAUUCAAUUUUUUAAAAUUUAUGUAUGGACUCUUUCAAAUC